GAAACUAGAGCUAAUAGGCCAAGCAGUAAUUUAAGUAAUAUAGUUUCUGUGUGAUUAUUUCGUGGUCUGGGCAGCAGGGAACAAACAAGUGGCCUUCUGCAACUAACUGGCACUGGUCUCUGCCUACAAGAACCCUCAAGUGUUAUCAGUAAAGAUCUCCCAUGGAGGUGUCACUGAUUGGAGCCCUAUGGUUCUUCUCAAGGAAAAUACUCUCACUCAGCAUUAAGAUGCACAGAUGUAGUUCAAAUGACACUGUGGGAAUUAGCUCUACUGUUAAUGAACCUAUUCAAUGGCAUGGAAUUGGAAUGUCAGGUCUUCUCCUGCAAUUUGGCAAUUCAGUCCAGACUAAUUUGUGAAAAUUAGCAAGUGCCUAACAUCUUCUUGAAGCAUGGGGAGGAAAAUUAAACAUUAGGGAUGAUAAGUCUCCUUUAUUUUUUAGACUAAAUCAAAGUCAUCCCUUGGUUGCUAUGCUCCGUUACCUUAUUUGGUACUGAAUGAACCUGUACAGUGGUACCCUAAUAAUUACAACAUCAGUGGUGAAUGCUGUACUCUUCAUACCUGUAUUAAUUCUUGGAUGUCUUCAGAUGUAACCUCUGAAUGUCUGUACAUCCUUAGAGUAAGGCCAGCCAUCUGAAUACCAGUGAAGCUGCCGAGACCAUGGCAACACUCACCUGUGGUGAUUAGUGCAGAAAGUCGCUGAAAGAAUAUUAAGGCAAAUUCGUCAAACGCUUGGACUAGUUGUUGCCUUUUGGGGCAUCAUUGCAUUGGCUGCUACUGCUGCAACAGCUGGACUGGUGUGUCAUAAGGAAACUCAAAUGCUGAGAUCAUUAGAGACUGGCAUACGCAUCCUAUAGAACCGUGGGCUCAACAAAAUAGUGAGGUAGUUAAUGAAGCAGCUGAUUUGAGACAAACCUGUUAUCCUAAUGGGAGGUCAGUUAGAAAUAUUGGAGGAAUAGACACAAUUAAAAUGUGAUUGGAAUGCUGCAUCCAAUCGUUCAGCAAUAGCAAGCAUGGCUGGGAAGAAUUUAAGAUGCAUUUGAUGGGUCACCCUAAUUCCCCUAAAUGAUUUAUGAUUUAUAGCAAGAAACGAAGGAAACUUUUUCAAAAGGGUUACCUCAUGUGACAGAAAUGGGUGUAUGGAAAGCCUUGUAGAUGCGUCAGUCUCGUUCAGCCCUGCAUAUCACUUUAGCAGAUUUCUUGUUCUAGCGAUUACUACCCUUGUCCUAGCAGUAAAAUCUUUACUGGCAUUAAAAUAUAUUUUUGGCUUAUUUGCCUAAAAUCAUGAAACAAAAUAGGGGGGAAAGGCUGUUUUUAUUGUAAGACCACAUAAUCUUCAACAUAAUUAUAUCUUAAACAGAAGGGUGGAGCUGUAGGGAGAGAGUCCACAAAGCCUUUGGCUGGACUUCCAGAGUGACAGUACCUAGACUUUUGUUUAAAAAGUCAGUGAUUGUUGCCUUGUGUUUACAGUCAGUGUUUCUCAUCUGAGUCCUUCCUGAAGGAUUCCAGAGUCUUUGCGAAACUUAGUGAUGAGACAACCUGGCAAACCAGGAGGUCUCCAGCUGAGGACUGCUGAGGCAAAUGGCUCCUUCAGCCAGCUCCAGAUGAGAGGUCAUGGUGUGCAGAACCAGCUCCAGAUGAGAGGUCAGAGGUCAUGGUGUGCAGAAAUCGCUUGUUAGGGUGUAAACUGUGUAACAGGGAAGAAGCUUUCCAGAGAGCAACGCGCAGUUCGCCAGGAGUUGGUUUGCCUGAUACUUUUGCUGAACCUGAAAUUCAUCUUGAAAGAACCGUUUUUCUUCAAUGGAACCUGUCAACCAGAACACCAGCAGGAGGGGCUCAACACAUUUUCCUGGCCACACAGUUGCUCCUGUGUGUACAAGAAGGAAGGCUGGGCUAGUUUGUAAGCUGUGCCGCUCCUCGCCUCUGCCGCAGCCCCACCUGAGCCCCUACCCUGCCUUCCCUCAGUGAUGAGCAAUUGUAAGGUGGAUAAACUUACCCCUCUCCAAGUUGCUUUGGUCAUGGUGCUCAUCGCAAUAGAAACACUAGCAUGAAAUCGCCCACAUUGUAGAUGACUUCAAGCUCCCCAAAUGACUUAGCAGUUACAAGCACUUGCUAUGCUUGCAGAGGGUCCAAGUCUGGGUCUAAGAUCCCACAUCACGCGGCUCACAACCAUCUGUGACUCCAGCUCCAACACCGUUUUUGUUUGGCUUUGGUGGGCAUUGCACUCAUGUGUGCACGCACACACACCCACACCCACACACAAACUUUUUUUACAAAGUGUGUGAAGGUUAAGGCUCUGGAACAAGAUGCCAGGGAGGUUACACACCUUCUGAAGGCUGGAGGGGAGUCAGUCACUCUGUCCUCUUGGGUGGCGAUGGCACAAGUCCCAAGUCCCUAUGUCCCAGGUGUCUCUUUGCUCCAUGUGCAUGUGUGGGAGGUAGGGUACAUUUGCUCUUGCAGUUGCCUGUGGAGGCAGGAGGUUGACACCAACGGUUUUCCCCCACCCUCUCCUGGGUCUCCCACUGAGCCUGGAGCUCUCUCCAUUUCAGCUAGCCUGGGCAUGGAGCUGCCAAGGUCCUCCUGUCUCUACCUCCCAGCAGGCUGUGGUUACGGGCAGGCACUGCUGUACCCCACUUUCAGGGAUCAAACUUGGGGGUUCUCAUGCUUGCUCAACAAGGCCUUUACCCGCUGAGCAUCUCCCCGGUCCACACCAUAUUUUUAAAAGGUUUGCUUUUAUUUAUGUGGUGGGGGUUAUGCGCUUGUGAGUGCAGGCGCCCAAGAAAACCAGAUACCGAAACCUCCUGGAACUGGACCUCGAGAGUACCAGACCACUUGAGUACUAGGAACUGAGUUCUCUGGAAGGGUCUCGAUCUUAACCACCAAGACCUGCACCAUCCUCAUCUGACUACAUCUGAAAUUCAGGGGCCACUGGCCAACAAGUUCCUUCCAAAACAGGAUAUGAAGGUGGUGGCGGCCUCUAAGCUGGGCCGGCUCAAACCUGUUUCAGAGGCAACCUCUCCCCGUUGCCCUCUUCUCUAGUGGACAUCUCAACUUCAGGGGACUGUGAGCUGGUAGAUGUGUCCAACAUCUUAUAGAACAGUCAGGAUUCUGGGUAAAAUGGAUUUCCAUGAAGAACACACUGCUCUCUUGGAGUGUCCACCCCAGGGAGGCCCAGAGGAAGGGACACCAGGGACAGGAAGGAUAGAUUCCCCAGGCCUGCCAGGCUGGGGUAACUGCCGCCCAGCUCCGUCCCCUCUCUACAGAAUGGUUUCCUGCCUCUUUGCUGGCUCUAAGGAAACACUCAGCUGCUCCGUGUGUGCUGCACUGAGUGUUGGGAGGAAUCCUGUCUUCUGGACUAGCGGCAACUUACUGGAAAGCCACAGGAAGGAGAGGGUCUCUAGGCCCCACCCCAUCCAUGACGAACCUUGCGUGGGGGCGGGGCAUCUGUGCUAAUAACUAGCUGCAGUGUGCUUAUGAGUACCAACAACUCUGUCUCCUUUCAGAUAGGGUCAUGUUCUCAGCUUCCAGCGGGCAUGGGAAAGGGGCAGUAGCUAUUGAAUAUGCUAGCCAUCAGGACAAAGUCAGCUGUGGUGACUCACACCCGAGGUCAGAGGCCAGCCUGGGCUGCAUGUUCCACACCUGCCUGGGUUACUUGAGAUGCAGGCCACUCCGGGCAACAUGACAAGUUCUAGGCUAGCCUGGGCUAUAUAUAGUGCGUUCCAGUGUGGGAUGUUUAUAACGUACCCCCAUGGAGGUGCCUACAGUCGUGUCCAAAUAUUUGGGGGAGCACGCGGAAUCUCACUGGAUGCGGACGCUUGCUGAUUGUCUAGCAACCUAAUCCAGUGCUGAACCACUAAUAGAUGCUCAAUAAAUGGUUUGUUGAAUGAAUGAAUGAAUGAAUGAAUGAAUGAACACCAGGCAGAAGCAGCAAGGGUUGAGUACAGAAUGUUCUGUGCCUGAGGGACAGACUGGGGUGGGCCUGUCUACAAGAUGGCAGGGGUGCCACAAGCUCCAGGGGAUUUCCCUGCCCCCCUGUGAAGAGGCCCAGUUCUUCCCCUGCGUCGGAUAUCCCCCGGGGUUCUAAGGGCAGGCCAAGGCAGGCAGAAGCCACAAAAGCUCAGCCGAGGAGGCUGCAGCUUCCUGCUGUCUUCAGGCCGUUGCCAUCAAAGGAUGCAGCACCCUCCGGCAAGGAUGGCCGAGGAAGGUCGCCCUCGCCCCUGGGUGCUGCCUCGCCUGAAUUGGGCCACCGUCCUGCGCUUUAGCGCCCUGCUGCUACUGAUCAGUUUUAUGAUCGGCUGUUUUACCUACUGUAUCCAGUUCGGGAGACCACAGCAGACGCAGUUGGAGCCGCUUGAGGUGCAUGUAGCCGAGUUACAGUUGAAUCUCACAGUUCCUCGGAAAGACCUCAUACUGCGCUGGGCAGCUGGCCCAACCUUGGGAAGAUCCUUCACUCAUGGACCAGGGCUGGAGAAGGGGCAGCUGUAUAUUCACCGUGCCGGCAUCUACAGGCUGCAUAUCCAAGUGACACUGGCUAACUGCUCUUCCGCAUACGGCACCGUGCAGCACAGGGCCACCGUGACGGUGGGCAUCUGCUCCCCUGCGGCCCACAGCAUCAGCCUGCUGCGCCUGCCCUUUGGACAGAGCUGUACUGUGGCAUCCCAGCGUCUGACUCACCUGGCCGUCGGGGAUGUCCUCUGCACCAACCUUACCCUGCCUCUGCUGCCGUCCCGCAAUGCUGAGGAGACUUUCUUUGGCGUCCACUGGGUAUACCCCUGAUCACAACUCCUGGAUGGCUUGUGAGGCCUUUUAGUUUGUUAAUAGUAAUGCUUAUUCAUGCAAGUUUUACUUAUUUAUAAAUGUAUAGUACACAUAUCUGUUCGCUGAUGCUUCCUUCCGUCUCCCCCUCGCACCUCUACCCCAUCUCCCUCCCAGCUUCAUGUCCGUUUUUGAAUUUUAUAUUUUGUUGUUAUUGUGGUUCUUACUAACUUCUUGAGCACCAUGGAGGAGCCUUGUGCAGCCCCUAUGUGCCUCAGACUGGGAAGGUAGCAACGUCCCCCUGUGUUAGUUCACAGCUAGGCCCCGCCUCCAAAGAGUCCACAGUGUCCCAAGAUAGCCCCACCAGCUGGGGGCCUAGAGCCUUUUCCAUGACAGUGGUAGAGAAUAAAUAGGGAGGGACGUGAAGAUGAAGCAAGGCUAACACAGCAGCAGCAACUUCCGCUUCCUGUGCUUCCUGCCUGGCCUGGGGAAGCGGGGGACUGUAAAUGUCCAAGAGCUAGAGAUCUGGAAGACAUCCCUUCCCCGGCGCAUCUUUUCCCAAGACCAGAUGUGUGCUGCAGUCUAUGAUCAACACUUGCAGUUUGCUUGCAAGAUGCCCUGAUUAUUGUUUUGAGACAGGUUCUCUCCGGGAACCGGAAACUCACCCAUUUGGCUAGACUAGAUUAGCCGGUGAGCUUCCUGGGUUCCUCCUUUCUCUCCUGGGCUGGGGUUACAGACAGUCACCAUCACACACGAGUUUACAAGGCUGCUGGACCUCUGAACACAGGUCUGCUCAGCCCCUCUACUUCUUGGUCCUCCUAUUCAACGGGCCGGCCAGUUCCCAUGUUUGGAUUCUGGGAACAUGUUCAUUUAGACCAUGGCAAAUACUUACAGCCAGAAACGGCACAUGGGUUAUAGCUAAACCGCAUUCUCUGCCGUGUUCCAGUUAGUCUAAACCGUAAAAGGACGUGUUCCUACGUGAAAUAGAAAUGACCUCAGUGGAAACAAACUGUGAUGGGAAAAGGACUCUGGGUUUCAAGGUUUGAGCACUGGGGGUUAAUAAGGCCAGAGUUUCUAGUGGGGAAUCUCCAGAGUCCACCAAGAUGAUGUCAACAGGUACAGCCGUGAAACUUCCCCUUUGGUGACACCCAACUGUGGAGGAGCCUGAUUUACAAUACUAAAAAGAAAAAGCCAGCAGACACAUAAUGCCCCUCCACCAUAAAAAGGAAAGGCAUUCAGAAUUGCCCAGCUCCAAGCCAAACUCAGUAGACAGCAGGCUGCAGGCCUUCCCACAGAUGCCCCAGGGGUCCAGACUCACACAGAUAAGAAGCUGGUCAAGGUGCUGGGGCUGGGGGACACUUUGUGAGGGCAGACAGGGGGUGUCAGUGGCUCUCUGCCUACAGAAAUGUGACUACUGGAUAGUAUCCUUUGGUUAGUGGUAUAUUUUAUGUGACUUGGAUUUCGUCAAAAUAAAAAUAGAUAAAAUCAAAAAAGGAGUUUAAAUUUGCCAGUCCCCACGCCCACUAGACAGGGAUAUGAGGAGGGGCUGAGUCCAGGGCAGCAGCAGCCAUGCAAACAUCCAGGCCUGGGGCUUCGUGCCUGCAGCCACAGCUCUGGACGAGACGAGAUCCCGGCCUGGUGCCAGUCCAAUCGAAGCGGCCAUUUCUUUCUUCUUUUUUUUUUUUUCUCCUUCUUGUUGUUUUUUACUCUUUUUACUCCGUACUCUUUUGGGGAUCCCAACCCAGUUUUGGGAACCCAGUUCCCAAAUAGAUACACGGAGGCCUAUUCUUAGGAAAGCCCAGCUUCCACUUGUCUUGUUUCUUGCCAGUUUUGCUAAAUUCGCCUGCUUACCGCGUGCCUCUGUGCUUUUCCCUUUUCUUCUGUAUGUCUUACUUUCACUCUUACUCCGUGGCUGGCAGGGUGACUGACCCCUGACGUCCCCCUUUUCUCAUUUCUCCGCCCGCCACCCCGGUCUAUCCUUUCUCCUGCCUCGCUGUUGGCCGUUUAUGGCCUUACAAGACCAGCAGGUGUUUUAGACAGGCAAAGAAUCGC